GAAAGCGCAGCUUCAGUUCACUUCAAGUAUCAGCGGCGACAGGACGUGGUGAUCUUCGCUCGCAAGCGCGUAUAUCCGUCGGUGUCGUGCACGUGCCGUUCGUUGUUUCGCGAGUGAUUUGUCGCGCUUUAAUUAGCUGUUGCUAGUGCAUCCGAACGGUGUGCAAAUUGUGUGGUAAAGGCUUGCGUGUGUAUGAAGUUUGGUGAUGCCAAAGCGCAGUGUGAAAACAAAGUGCUGUUCGAUAGAGAAAUAAAAAGUUUUCUUGCUGACAAAACUAGUUCGCUUUUAACGGAAGUGUCUGUUUUUGGUUUGCGAUUUAAUCGCUUCGAUUUGAAGCGAUAAAGUUUACAAAUAGUGAUCCAAACAUCCGAAAUUCAACAUCUUUUGUGCAAGUGAGGUUUUAGUGAGCUUUACAUUGUGAGAAGAAUUUUCGGUUAGUGUCCUCUGUGAACCUGUUCGUGGUAUCGAAAACACUGUCAGUCGUACAAGGUUUAAUAAAUGUCUCGAAGUAAUUGCGCCUUUGCAACGAAGCGCACCGUAACCGUAUGAUGGAUAAUCCGAGCUAUGGAUCCGCUCACAUGUCUUCACCAGCGCUGGUAGUUUUCUCACAAGCAACGAAUGGAUUAAGUGACGCUUUACGCAUUCAACGCCCUUUUCACUCACAACUGCCCGACGCCAAGGACCUGCACCAUCUCUCACUGAUGAGUGGCUACGGUGCGCACCUUCUGCACGGCUUCCAGCCACACUUUCUGCAUCCGCUCAAUCCAGCCGUAUCGACCGCGAGCGGAACCAGUCCGUUCAGUGGUGGAGGAGCAUUCGUGAAACCGUUCCCGUCCAACCUGCCCCUACCGUCGGCUUUUGCGCCACCGAAAUGUUUAGGUUUCGGCAUCGAUCAAAACAUUUUCUCCAAGGGACUUCUGUUCGGUUCGUCCGGCUCGGGUUCCGAAUCCUUCCGGACGGACUCGUCCAGCCCAGCCUGUACGUCACUAUCACCGCCCGCCAAGGACGAAUCGCUCGAAGGCCAAACCAGCGAGGAUGGUGAUCGUGAACGGGAUCGUAUCUGCAGCCCGGAACGAAGCCCCGAAACACCCGGAUUUCGACGUAUCGGUCCACCGAAGAAAUCUUUCGUCGGCACACCACCACCAAACGCGUGUCCCAUCUGUGGCAUUCAGCUCUCACCAAGUGACCUGGAGACCCACUUCUCGGCGGAACUGUCGCGGCUUACCAAGAUGACAACGCACGCGGAACGGAUUGAGCUGCGGCGGACGCUCAGCGUCGAUCUGCACACCGUGCAAAACAAUUUACAGGGCCGAACGAGCCGCUGGGAGACGUUCAAAAAUAUACGAAACAAGCGUCAGGAUCGGCUGCGGGGCAAGUUGCGGAAGCGAAAGUUUGACGGUGAGGAUGGUUUUGGGUUGCAGCUGACAAACAUCAACUGCCAAUCGUGCCCGGUUUGCCAUGGACGGUUGCAGCGAACGCAAGAGGAGAUAGCGCAGCAUAUUGAGGAAUGCGUUCGAAAGCAACAGCAUCAACAUCAGCAUCAGCAGUCGCAACAGCAGCAACAACAGCAGACACCGCCAUCCCUACAUGCAUCUCAUCCGAUUCAUCCCCAUCAUCCGCACCAUCAUCACCUUCAGCAGCAGCAGCAACAGCAAGCGUCACAACAGCAAACAUCACAACCCGCCAAUCAAGCUACACCGCAGGACGAAGACGAAACGGUCGACGUGGAAAGUUACGGCGAUGAGACGUCCAACGGGGCGAUCAACAUGUCGUCGAACGUGAUUCAUCACACCAGCGCGGCCAGUAUGCUUCAUCACCCAGGUAAUGCUACCAACAUCAGCAACAACAACAACAACAUCAUCAAACCAGACAACCCAGCAAUAACGAAGUUGCCCCUGGAGGAGAGUGCCAUCAGUUCGCUCAGCUCGAUCGUACCACACUGGGACAGGAAGUCUCGUUUAAGUAUCCCGCUAAACUGCAAACCUACCAUUGGAGAUGAAACACGACCCUGGACAACGGUGGUAAAGCCCCGAAUGUUGGGUCCGUUCGAGGGAGGCCCUGGUGCAGUGUCGCAAGUCUCCAAUAUUCCAGCCAAUGCAAACGAUCACUCAAUUACUCGAGUUACUCCGACCAGUAGCGAUCAGCGCAUCGACGUUGACUAUGAUCAGGAGCACGACCACAGUCAGGAUAUGGUCACCGAUAACGAUGAGGAGGUGAUCGUGGACAACACGGAUGACGAGGAUUGCAUGAAGCGACCGCGACCAGGACAACUUACCCAGCUUAAUGGGCAUGGUCCACCAGGAGUUAACGGACUCGGAGAUAAGAAUAGUACCGAGGAAGCAACCUCAUCCGUCGAGAUCGAUUCAGUUACCGAUUCGAUGCCGUCGCGAACUGCCGGUACGACACCGAACUCGGACUCGUACGUCAGUACCUCGGAGUCAGCGGAACCGUCCUCCAAGGCGCAGGUCCUGGAAGAGCUUAAAGCCCGGAUACGGGAACUGGAAGGUUCACCACACUACAAGUGUUUCAUAUGUAAGGAAAAAUGUAAAACAUUGAUCAUAUCGAAAAUCUGUGGCCACUAUCUCUGCGAGGAGUGUUGGAUAACGGAAUCGGAAUCGUCCAAAUCUUGUCCCCGGUGCAAGAUCAUUACAGCGAAUUCUGAUUUUAGAAAAAUUCAUGCUUAAAACUGCGCUAGUAGAACCUUUUUCUUUAUUUAUUAGAUAACAUAUUAGUGUAUUUAUUGCUAUUAUUAUCGCAUCAGAAUUGAUCACCGAUCGCCGAUGCCCUUUGUUUUCGUAACCCAUCGAACCAAAAGCAGCAGAAAGUACGGACAGCUAUCAUCUAUCGAAGAGGACAGAAACGAAUGCAAAGAAUUGAAAUAUUCUAGCUUACUAAAAAUUAUCGCGUCAAAUCACUCCUUUGUACAGUACCGGUGCUGCUAAAGUUGCAGUCGAUGAGAAGUUGUUAGUAAAACGCUACGGCGUGAUGAAAAAAGGAAUGUAUUUCGAAUGCAUGUGCAAUAGAUUUUCUCCUUCAUUUCCUCCCCCCGAAAACGUCUCACAACUAAUCCGUCCCCUUUUUUCCUAUUCCUAUCCAACAAAGAAGAACCCCUCGGUGAAAAUCCUACGACAAAAGCGUGAUGUCUUUCGUUUUUCUUUGGUCUACUCGUAUCCUCUUGUACUAUGCGAAUACAAGCUACAUGCAAAUCUUUCGUCAUGUUCCGAGGACAACUGUGAAUUGUCUGCAAAAACGUGUCGACGUUAUUCCUUUUAAUCGAAUCGUUGUUAUAGAAAACAAUAAAAAGAACCCUCAUCUGCUUUCCCAUUUAAA